AUGGCAUUGGCUGUUCUGUGGUUGCGGGUGGUGCUGGCGGCCGAGCUGGCGAGCGUUGGCGCCAAGGUGCUCAAGACGCUCUCCAAGCGGAUCGACGUGUUUGUGCAGGGCUACAACUACGAGGACGACGAUCGGCUGGCCCAGGCCAUGCGGCUAGGCAUCGUGGUUGUACCCGAGGCCUACGUCCGCGGCUGUCUCGCAGCAGGCUGCGUUCUCGACUGGCGCCGGUUUGCGCUUGUCGGCGCCCUCGACGGCUCGAUGGACGACAAUGCCGUGGCGGGCUACUUUGGACUGGACAAUCAGGCGCUGAUGGCACACUUUCCACACGCGCCACGACAUGUGCGCGAGGAUGAGGAGCUGCCGCAGCAUGUGUGCGAGUUUGAGGUCAUGGACCGGGUCGCGCCGCAGCCCGGGACCAAGGACGUCUUUGCCAUCAUGCCCAUCGUGACGCGCAAGCCGGGCACUGGCUCCUUUGCACAGAGCUGGGGCAAGGCGACGUUUGCCCAACUCGGAGGCAAAGUGCAGAUGAAGCGGCUAGUCGCCUUUGUCAAGGUCUUCUUUGGCAUGCAGGUCCGCAUCGAGCCUCCGGCAGAGCUUGACAACAGCGCCCGGAGUUGCAAAGACGGAACCGUCGAUCUCAUCAUGGGCAAGUAUGCGUAUCCGCUGAGGGUCCGCAAGGUCGACGGCCGCGCCGCGGUCCAUGCCAUGGACGCCAUCGCGGUCCUCGAUGAGAACAUCCCACAAGACGCCUUUUGCCUUGUCGGCAUCUUUGCUGACGAUCUGUAUGAGGCUGACGACGACGAAGACGUCUCGGGCAUUCUUCUUGGCCGGGCAACCGGCAACGGCAGCGCCGUGGUCAGCACUGCGCACUUUGGUGGUGCGGCAACCCGGGCCGGCUUUGCCCACUUGCUGGGCACCCUCGCCCACGAGGCCUCGCACAUGUUCGGCCUCGACCACUGUCCGUUCCACCUCUGCAUCAUGAACGCGAUGCUUCCCGACGAAAGCGAUCCAGACUCGGGCUCACUCGGCUAUUGCCCGUACUGCCUCCGCAAGAUGGAUCUCGCCGUCGCUUCGCUCGACCCCUCUGCCCGAUACGCCGCCCUUGCAUCUACCUACGCCGCGCUCGGCCUCGACCGCCACGCAUCUUGGAUAGACUCGAUCAUGGAUGCCUGCCACGUGCCGCAACUCCCUUCCGCCCCGUCGGGCGAUUGA